AUGCAGGACAGGUUUAAUAGCAUAAAUUAGUUUGUUGAAAAAGAUAAUAACCACUAUUGCAUGUAGUACAUUUAUUACUAUUAUCAAUACACUAAGCACAUUAAUUUAAAUUACAUUACAAACAGCUUUAACUACUUACAUCUGCAUAAUAUCCUGAUUAUGAGCAACUACUUACACAUAAACUUGAUUAAGAGUCUUUAAACAUUCCAUUAGGGCAGCUUAAUCCACAAAUUCCAUUUGAUAGGAAAUAUCCUUAUAAGCAUUAUGUACAUUAACUAGAGUUACAUUAGGAACAGUUAGAAUAUAUAUUUGAGCAUAAAGUGCAUGUGCUAGUAUUUACGGGGUCGAUUAUUGUUUCAGAAGGGCAAUUAGUCAAGCACUAAUUAUUGUAAAUUAAAUAAGGGCAAAUUUCACAUAUAAAAGUAGUUGGAUCUGGUGUUUCGUUGGCAUUACAGGAGCUAACACAAAUAUUAUUAACAUUAUCUAUAUAUUAAGGGCAAGUUGAAUCACACUAUGAACCGUUUAAGUAUUUUUAUGGUAAUGUUGAAUAACAACUUAAACAAGAUCCAUCAAUUUAGCAGGUUUUACAUAGAGGAUUAGAACAUUGUUAGCAUAUUUUUAUUCCAUUUGUUGUGCUGA